UUUAGAUUCGCGCUCAAUUUCCUUCCCGCAUUCUGUCACGUGGGACCGUCAAAACCUUUGAUUGGUCAGAUAGUCCACCAGACGAAGAAUUGGAAGGGGUUACGCAUGCGCAAUUGGACGUUUGGCAAUUCUGAUUUCGCACGUUUUCAAAUUUCGUAUAGUAAGAAGUAAAAUACGAAAAUAUUUUCAAAAAGGGCCUUAAAACAAAAAACACGCUGUGCUUCUGGUAGCUAUUGAGCACCAUAAGCCCAUACAAUGUUUACAGAAAAUACUAACUCCGACUAUCCACUAUUUUUUUAGGAAAAUGUUUUAACCUACAUUACAAGCGUGAGUGGAAAUUUCCACUCUUCCAUAUUUGGGCAGACUCGGUUUAUUCCGGUCGACGACAACAACCGAAAACAUGACCGGAAGGAAGUUCGAACGAAGCAGAACCGAAACAACAAUACGUUACUCAAGGUUUUGGUGGACUUUGGUUAACGCCCACUUGCGAACUACGAGCCUAUCUUGGACUCAGUUUCCUCAACACACUCUUUACAAAAGUCAUGAGGGUCGAUUACAACAGUCUCAACAAUUUGUUGAAGGUUCCAUCCAAGCAAGAGCUUGUCAGCUUGUGCCAGAAUGCUUUUCUGUAUCGUAAAGAAAGUCCAGCACAGUGGCCUGACUCGUUGAUACAGAGCACGUCUGAUAUGCUUGGUUUGUCAGUUGCUGAGACGCAACAGUGCCUCCUGACCCUGAGUCAUCUCAUCAAGGCUGCGUUGUUCCAGGGAUCCACUGAUCCACAGGAAGUCAUUACGCUCUUCCCAGACAACUUCCACAAGAACCUGCGGGAUCUUCUCACCAAGAUCAUCCGGGACAAGAUGGACUCGUGGCGGGCUGACGCCGUCAACUCUCAGG